UUGUUUCAUAUGAAAUUUAAUAUCAUUCACACAUCUGACAUUAAAAUCAAAUAAGUUUUAUUGACUGAGAGAGCCAGUUUAUAAAUUUGUCGCCUAGGUCAAGGGUUUAUAUAAAGAUUUUGGGGCGGGUUUAAGACUUCAUUUUAUGGCAGAUUUUAUGGAAAAUGUGCUAUUUGUGGCAUGUUUUUAAAGUAAGAUAUACUUGUUGUCUGAGAUACUGAAUUAUUCAUGCUUUCAAAUGUUUUUUUUUGUACUUUUUGGUGUGAUGGGUGUACAAUUUUCCACCUAGAUUUAUCCUACAUAGUUUCUGUUUUUACCCACUGUGCACUGUAGAGUGUAGAGUGAAGAAUUCAAGUUUGGGAAAUAUUUUAUAUUCAGUGUAAUCUUGUGACUUUUUAAAUUUCAGAUAAAUUUAAUAUAUUGAAAUGGAAAGAAAGGUUCUCACAGUUAUCAGUUCAAAGUCAGGAAUUGUUCGACAAAUGUCGUCUUUAAUCCGAGAUAAAGCGUACGUAAAUGGAGGUUGGGUGGAGGCUAUAUCCGGGAAAAAUUUUGAAGUCACAAAUCCUCUAAAUUCUAAGGUGUUAUGUACAGUACCGGAUAUGGAUACAGCUGAUGUACAAGCAGCUGUUGAUGCAGCGCAUCAUGCCUUCCAGAGCUUUCGGGAAACUACAGCUAAACAUAGAUCUGAUUUACUGAGAAAAUGGUUCAAUUUGUGCGUAGAAAACAUGGAGGAACUAUCCAAGCUGUUAACUGCUGAACAAGGUAGAUAAAAUAUUUUUUUUAUUAAUACAAAUAUGAG